UUUUGUGUUUGUGACUUGUGUUCUGUGGUCUAUAAUCUUAAAUAGAUUAUAGAAAUUUUAAACUAUUAGAAUUAUUAUAAUAAAUAAUAAUAUUUCUCGAUCUAUAUUUUAUCUAACCAACUUUUAGUUAAAAAUGGGGAAAGAUGAUCUUUCUACAAAGAAACGCCGCAAAUUAACGACCCAAACUUCCAACGACGCUAAGUUGUUACCGGGUGAUGUUUACAAGAGAGUUGUUGAGUUUGAAGAGUCUGAGGCACAGAUUCGAUCAGCUGAUAAAGAUGCUUGUUUGUUCAAAAAGUUAUGCCAGGAUGUACGGCAAAUAUUUUCUGAUGUGGCAGAGUUGAAAGCUAAGGGUACAGAUGAGGCUAUUGAAAAAAUUACCGCCAAGAAAAUAGAAGCAUCAUUAAUAUUGGUUGCUUUAAAAAAACUGAAUAGACUGGAAAAAGUUAGGACGCGGGCUGGUAGAGAUGCGCUGCACAAAGAAAAACAAAGAGUGGAUUCUACACAUCUACUGCUGCAGAACUUACUCUACGAAGCAGACCAUCUUGAUAAAGAAGUAACUAAAUGUCUACAGUUCAAAUCAAAAGAUGAGGAAAUAGAACUUGUUCCUAUCAAGGAUUUUUACAGAGACGCACCGGCUGAGAUUUCACGCCCUGAUAUAACCAAAACAGAUGAACAUCAACAGCAGUUAGCGAGGCUAGAAUGGGAGUUACGUCAGCGAAGAGAGCUUGCUGGUGUUUGUAGUGAACUUGUAGCUUCAAAAGAGCGUGUGGCGGCUGCCAUAGCUGCUGCUCGGUCGAGAUUAGAUGCUCUAGGACCUCAUUUAAAAGAUGUAUUAAAAGCAACGAAACCUCUUCAAGAGUGCUUGGCUCUUAGGCUAGAUGAGAAACGUGCAGAGACACAGGCUGCUGCUCUACUGCCACCACCAUUGUUUUUGCUUUAUGCUAAUGCUGGUGCCUACUCUGAUGUUCUUGGCGCUAAGAAUGUAACUGUUGCUAUUAGUGGAGAUGAAGAUGAGGCAAGAAGGCAGGAGCAGGUAACAAAUGAAGAGAGUGAUGUAGUUUUGUCUAAUGAUUCAGAUUCAGACCUAGAUAAUAUUGAUGAGGAUCUCAGAGACAGUAAAAAGAAAAGGCAUCAUAGAACUGCAAAGAUAUCCAAAGAAGAAAAAGCAGAGGCCAAAAAGAAAGAAGUUCUUAAAAUGCAUCCACUCAAUGUUCAUGUAACUGUGAAGAAUUCUGAUGAAACUUCACUUAACUUGGUAUUUUCUUACAUGAUACAUCUUAAGAUAGUGGUUGUAAAAUUUAUCAUGAAUGUUUCAAAGCCUGUAACUGGAGUGUCAGCAGCUGAUGUUCUGACCGGCGAUUGUGUGCUGACAGAACUGUAUAUUGGCGACACGGGUAGCGACUCACCACACCCUGCUACAGCAUACUUGCUGAAUGCUGCCGGCAUAUCUGAACCUUUUUCACAUUUCAUCUCUGAAAUUGGAAAACCGUACAUAUGGGCUCAAAGAAUGUGUGGCUUAGAUUUUAUGACUAUUGUUUCUGGUGAAAAUAAAUCUAAUAUGAAUAUUCAGCCUUGUCAAAGCCUUAGUGUUACUAGUGUGGAAAAUUUCAUUUUUACAUUGAAAAAGAGAUUAAAAGCAAGAGUUGAAUUAAUGAAAGAACUUCAAGAUUUGGAGUCUGGUAAAAUUGUACCCAGUAAAGGGUUCUCAUGUUCUUUGAAACUAUCUGGGUCUUUGACCCAAUGGCAGUCAAUAACUUGGCAUGAGUACAGCCAAGCGCCUUCAACUGCACAUUUCAUAUCAGAAAACUUGGUCACUGAAGCAAAUAUGUUAUAUCGUGCAAUUGUUACACGACAAUCUGCAAAGCUGGUUGCUUUAGUGGCAGUGUGUAGUGAUUACCCAAAAAAGGCACCUCUAUUUUCAUUGACUAUGCACUGGAAUGGAACUCACAAUGCCUUGACCAAUGAUGAUAUCAGGGACAUAGAAAGAGUGAUAAAUACAGAUUGGGACCCAAGUGCAAAAGUGCCAUGUACUCUUUCAUCUCAAAUCAUGAAACUACUGACUUGUCUGGAUGUCCUCUUAGAAUCAAUGGGAUCUCCCGAGUUUCCACCUGACAAAGUCAUGUUGCAGUCUGUGAGAGGACGUAAUAGGAUGAAGCCAUAUAAAUUUCUAAAACAAGGUGCAGGAGUUUUUGUGCAGUACUAAGAGCACUAUAAUAUUAUAACAUGUAGAAAAAUAAAUGUUUUUCCAAUA